AUGCAAGCAAGGGGGGCCGGGUCUGGAGGGCUGCUUGAAACGCACGGUCUGCAGAUGGAAGGCGGACAGUGUGGCUCGCUCUAGGUUUUCUAUUUUUUUGCUUCCCCAGCAUGCAUGGCUUUUGUUUCUAGCAGAGGGGACAGAGUUGAUGCAGAGAAAAGCACUUACUUUACACACUGCGCGAGGGAGACAUUAGGAAGUGCCCGGGCGCGCACUGUGCCACUCAGUCUGCGCUCUGCUGCUCCACAGACUGUGUUCAGCCAGCACACGGCUGAACUGAUUUUAGAACCCAGAAGGAAGAGACUGAUAACAGGGUGACACACAGAGGAGAGAGGGCUACACUCUCCGAGCUGUUCCACACCUACAGACCCUGGAAAUUAAACUUUUUUUUUUUUUUUUAAAGGCAACUUUGGACUGAACUGCCACCGAGUUUACUGCACACCUCAGGAGUGAGUGCUUCUUUUUGCGCUUUUCCCCCCACAACUGCUCCAACUCUGAAGAGGGGGCAAAUCAGCUGAGUUUGCGUUAAAGUGCAUCGCAGGACCGAGUGGAGAGGGAGAGAAGGAACAAGUACACCGCUCUCCCUCCUUCUAACCGGGCAGCAUGGUGCAGAAGAUGAGCCACACAGAGAGCACCGCCGAGGCGCUCUCCUUCUUCGCCGGGGACUCGAGCUCCGACUCCGGGGCGUGCAUGGAUCUGGACCCGGUCGCCUCACCUCUCUCCCCGGGCUCCACGGCGUCUUCCACCGCCGGGGACAAGCUUGGGGAAAACCCGGCGUGGUGCAAAACUCCGAGCGGCCACAUCAAGAGACCCAUGAACGCGUUCAUGGUGUGGUCUCAGAUCGAGAGGAGAAAGAUCAUGGAGCAGUCGCCGGACAUGCACAACGCUGAGAUCUCCAAGAGGCUGGGGAAGCGCUGGAAGCUGCUCAGAGACUGCGACAAGAUCCCGUUCAUCAGGGAGGCGGAACGGCUCCGGCUGAAGCACAUGGCGGACUACCCCGACUACAAGUACCGGCCGAGGAAGAAGGUAAAGUCGAGCACCUCCAAGCCCGGCAGCAACGGAGACAAGGCGGAGAAAGUCAGCAGUAGCUCACACAACACCAGCACUAAGUCAUCCUCAUCUUCAAGGAAGAGCGGAUCCAAAUCGCCCAGCAGCAGCAGACCCCAUAAAUCACUUUUCGGGAGCAGCAGCGGCAGUAGCACCAAAGCAUCACCGUUUGCCUCCGAGCACCCGUCAGAGCACCACCACAACUCCCUCUACAAGUCCAAGUCGGUCUCCGCGGCCAAGCAGAUACCGGAUGCCAAGAAGCCCAAGCGGGUGUACGUGUUCGGCAGCGGCGCGGCCAACCUGAGCGUGAGCCCCACGUCCUCCGUGGCGGUCCCGGCCAGUCCCACACUGAGCAGCUCGGCGGACUGCAGCGACCCGCUCAGCCUGUACGAUGACGCGGCCAGCGGCCGGGAGGACGGAGCGGACUCCCCCGGCAGCAGCAGCCCGGGCGGCACAUCGGAGCGCCACGGCGGGCACACAUACAGCAGCCGGCGGGCUUCCUCGCCGACCCCCUCCGGUUCCCACUCCUCAGCCUCGUCCCACUCCUCCUCCUCUUCCUCCUCCUCGGAGGAUGAGGAGUUAGAGGACGACCUGCGCGACAUCAACCCGAGCCCCAGCUUCGACAGCAUGUCGCUGGGGAGCUUCGGCUCCUCGGUGCUGGACAGGGACUUGGAUUUGAACUUUGAGUCCGGCUCCGGGGGCUCCCACUUCGAGUUCCCCGACUACUGCACGCCCGAAGUCAGCGAGAUGAUCUCCGGGGACUGGCUGGAGUCCACCAUCUCAAACCUGGUGUUCACGUACUGAGCGAGUGAGCCGAGAAACACAAACCCGACACAGGUAGGCUUAUGUCCUGCGAGCAAAAAAAAAUCCCACCACACUCAAACUGGGGAGCAGUGGGUGCACUUAUGGUUCCAGUGUUGCCAGACAAGUCCCACUGAGAGCAGCCCCCUGUCCCUCCUCGUCCCUGGAAGGCUCAACUUUUAGAAAAGGCGAACAACGUGCUUUUAGUCUGGAGGGGACUUUUCCCUCUGGAUGCGUUGGGCUGCUUGGGACUUUAAACAGUGGAGGAAGUGCGGGGAAGCACGAGGAGACAGUUUCCUGGUUGUGAGCCGCUUCGUCCUGGGCUGUUUCUGAACUUUAACUGUGAUUGAUUUGCACGUCAAAACGCGCUCCGCCGUUCACCUAAUCAAUGUUGUUUCUCAAUUUGAAAGGAGAGGGGGAAAAAAGGGACAUUUCAAAAAAGACAUUCUUGCACCCACCACGAAUCGCCAAGUGAACUUCACCACUAAAAAGGUACAGAAACAGGACUGAGUUUUUUUUUUUAAUGUGGUGUCAAGGAAUUUGUUUUCUUCCUAUGAAACCAGGUGGGUUGUUUUUCUUCUGGAAAAGUUGGAUAGUUUCUCAAAAAGCAAAAAACAUGUAAAGCAUGACCGCCUACUUUGUACCUAUCUUGUGCUGAGAUUUUCUGUAAGACUGUCGAGCAGUUAAAAAAAAAAAAAAAAACUAGUAUUAGGAUUAUUUAAGUGGAUAGGUGGCGCUCGCUUCGGUUCUUCUCUUUUUAAGGACGGGGGGGGGGGGGGGGAAAUGGACAUUGAAAUAAUCACCAGCUGUUGUAACGUUUCAAACUUCAGGACUCAAACGCAACUUCAAAUCUGUGCUGAACUUUAUAUACCACGAUUCAGGACCAAAAUUCUGUCAUGUUUUUGAUUUCAGAUGCUUAGUUCUAGAGAAAUCCUCACCCAUUUUUAUUUUGUCUUUCAUCCUCUGAGCUUUGUUUUGUACAUGUAUCCAGAUGCCAUUUUAUAUGGGAUGUUGUAUUUAUAUACUGGGCCAAGCGUUUUUGACUUGAUCAUAUGUUUUUAUUUUAUUUCUUGUAUACAUGAUCUGAUCUUGUGUUGUUGUUUUUGUUUUCUUACAGUCGUCUGUAUGUCUGUCACAUUUCCUUCUCGGGCGAAGGGCUAAAGUUUUAAAAACACAACUUUUUUCAUUUCUUUUUUUAUAUUUAAAUGUACACACACUUUUUGGACACUUAAAAGAGAGGGAAACAGUUUGAUUAUUUUCUCAGUGUAUUUUUGUACAAAUCUAUAUAGACAAAUGGGGGAGUCAACAAUCGGUGUGUGUAGCCUACUAAUACAGCUGUAUUGGAUUUCCUCAUUUUUAAGACUCCGACAGGCUGGUUUUCAUGCUGCCUUCAAGUUCUCAUGGCACACAAUCUCACGCAUGACUUUUGUUGCCUGUUCAAAUGCUCUUUUUCGUUUUUUUAAGGAAAGCCAGCAAAACACCUUAAAUCACUAUGUUGCCUAUUGUUUGAUUUAUAAAAAGGAAAGGCACCAUGCUACUUUUUAACUUAAGUGACCGAGGAGAUGAUGCAAAUCAGGUAUGCAAUUGGUGUUUUAACUCACUAAUUCGGCAAAGUUUUCACAAUUUUUUACCAGCAAGUGCUGACAGGACCUCUGUGAUGUCCAGUCCCUGAGCAACACACUGUCAGCACGGGGCAUUAGACCCACUUCUAAGAAUGCAGUUGCAACAUUUCCGACAGCACUUGAAGGCAGCACCAGUCUUUGUAUCAGCCUACCUUCUACGUUUACAGUGCUAGUCUGCAGGCUCCUUAAAGACACAGGAACGCAUUAUUUCUCGAGGCUAUUCCUGUGGACCCUGUGGGUUUGAACAGCUUCACUAUCUCGAGCAGCCACUCGUUUUGCUUUUUUCCCCUUCAUUUCCUGUCAGAUAUCUUGCCUACGACAACAAACGAGGAGAUUGUAGCUUUAAAUUUGACUUGUUUCUUGAUGUUUUCAUUUACUGAUGUCAAAUUUGCCAAUCAACCACUGGAUUGAACCGGCUAUCAAUAUAUAGCAAGAAAACAAGGAUGACAACAUCAAGCAUAUUCAAAUUUCUGACUUGAGUUCCGCAACACCUACUUGUACUGCGUUUCUCAUUGUAUUUGAAUAUAUAAUCUUUUCUACUUGUCGGCUAACAUUAGCUAAUAAUUGUUUUAGUAUCUUUAUGGCAUGGUGAAUAGCAUUUGUAUUUCAGAUUCAGGUUAUUAGCUGUUGUGUUUUUUCAGAAAAAAAAAUGGAGAAAAAAUGAGGAAAAAACGAUGAAACGUGAAACUCGAUCUUUGUAUAUUUGACUGUAUCAUAAAGCAAAAAGAUUGUGUGUUUAUGUAUGUUGUUGCUAUUGAGGACAGGCACUGUCUCGAACUGCUAUCUUUUACACAUCCUUACUUACAUUGAAGGUGGUCAGUUCAAGACUCUUUUUUUAUAUAUAUAUAAAAGCAUUUUUAAAUAUAUUAACUUUAUUUUUCAUCCAUCCUGUGCAAUAUGCUGUGUAGAAUUAUCAUUUAUUGUCUCUAAUCAUGCCAUAAACAAAGGUCCCUCCCUUUCUUUUCAGAGAAAGUGGGGGGCGACUCAUGCCAGCUAAAUUGUGUCCAUUCACUGCCUGUCAGAUUGUUGAUAUAAACUUGUGUACAGAACUUUUUCAAGGAAGGAUAAUAAAUAUCAGCUGGAACUGAAA